GCUUAAUCUGCCGGUUUCCACAGGAAUGUGAAUUUGCUGCUCUCCGGUCCCCGACAACCUCCAACUCUCUUUCCUCCCCGCCUUGCGCCGACGUUUAUAUGCUGAAUAAGUGGCCAGCCAGAAGCCAGUCUGAUGCACGUUUUUGCAUCGUGAUACCCGUCUGUGGCCGCCGACAAACCCCCUCGAAGAUACUUAGGCGCCCGGUGCCUUCCUCGGUCCAAUCACCAAGACCUCAACUCUCCUGCCUCGAGCUCCCUCUACCGACAAUAACCAGAACGGAGUCGACGUUCUGCAUGUAUUUGCAAACCACUCUGCUAGCAUGAUGAUGUCGUCGCCGUUGAAGAAGCAGCCCGAGGCUGUGGCGGAUCGAGUGCUCAAGAGGGCCGAAAUCAGCAAGAUGGCCAGGAGGUUACAGAACCGUCUCGCCCUCGCCCAGUUCAAGACAAAACACAACCUGGUGAACGAGACGCUAGACAUGAUCGAGCCCAAGUUCGAGCUCGAGAUGCGCCGCAGGCGGUUGCAGGACGGCGAUAUCCUGUCCGACUCCUCCUCGAGUGCCUCCGACCUCCCAUACCCGUCGAGGGCCCUCAUGAGCUCGCCGCUGAAAGCCCCGCUGUUUUCGGAUGCCAUUGGGUCCAGCAACGGUAGCACCGGGCACAGGAAGCGCACCUACUUGGCCUCGUUCGAUGACCCCGUUUUCUCGAGUCCAAGCAAGCGGUUCCGACAGUCCCCGACUGCGCACCGGUCCUUUGCGAGCUUCACCCAGUCGUCACCGAUAAAACCGAGGCGGCAGCAGCAUUUCACGACGUCGACUGGCCCUGAUCUGUCAUUCUACUCGGGGUCGAGGCAGAUCAGCGAUGUCAUUGCCUCGACAAACUACGCCGCCAACUCAGACGACGAGGACGACCUGCCCACGCACUCGUUCCACGCCAGCCACAUGAACAUCCGAGUAUCACCACCUCGCACACCCCCAAUGCGGAGCCGCGCUUUGAUGAAGAAACCGAGGGAUAGGCAAGCAGCAGCGAACGAGUCCAAGACCGGCGAGGAAGGUGCGGACCUGCUUCUCUACCUGGCAGCCUCGCCCUCGCCGGCGAACCCGCCCAGGAACAGGAUGGAUCCUCCGUCGACGCCGCCUCCAAAGAGUAACAAGCUGGCGCUGCCUUCGUCCAUGAUGACCACGCCGGGCGGCGGUAACCCGUACCCGUCGACGCCCGGCCUCGGCUUCGACUUUGCAGAGUUCCUCCACAUGACGCCCAGUCCGGCGCAGAAGCCGUGGAAGACGCCCGCCACGCUGGCAGGGGCCAAGACUCCGCGGAGUGUGGCCAGGAGGCGGCUCACAUUUGACGACCUGCCUUCCUGAAGGAGACGACUUUCACACUCGAGCAGAUUUCAUGUUUGCCGGGGGUAUGCGGUCUACUCUAUCCCUAUGAUUCCUCGGGUCUCAUACUCCCUACGUGUUCGGUACAGUCGCGAUAUAUCUGUCGGCGACUACGGAAUUCCUUCACCUUGUUUCAUCAUCCCUUCAUUUCAGCGUUCGUAAGCCUUGGAGUUCUGGCGGUCACACCGCCCCCCCCCCCCCCCC